AUGAUAAUGAAUCUAAUUUUCUUCGUAGCUAGAUUUUGGUCUCAUUAUGUUGCAAUAGAUCGUGAUAGGCACUCGAUAUGGAGUUCUUUUAUCCAUGGACUAGCUAGCAACAUUCAGCAGCAUGAAUGUGAUCGUAUUUUGCACCUAGCAUCUCCAGCCCUGUUUCUUAGGAACAAUUUCCUGUUGAAUUCGGAUUUAGCGGAGACCGAGAGCUCGCCCGGUGUAUCGUUGUCGCUGAAAAUUUCUCAGAAAUCACUCGUUAAGUUGAUUUCCGAUUGCCCUCAUGUUCUUCGAUCGGAGUUCCUGAGGAAAUGGAUAGUUCCUAUCUCGGAUUGCGUAAAAUUCGGCCUCUCUUCCUCCGCGAUUACGAGCAUUCUCGAAUAUUCCAGUAGAAUCGGAAUCGGUCCUGAGAAAAAGAUUGAGUUUUUGGUUGGAAUCGGCAUUUCUCGAGAUAACAUUGAGAGGUUCUUUCACAUUUUCCCUGAGAUUCUAGGGAUUGGUACUGAGACUAGACUUAAGCCAUUGCUUGAUGAAUUCAAGAAGAUGGGAUUUGGCAAUGACGAGAUGAAGAAAGAGAUUGCAAUAGAGCCGAGAGUUCUUUGCUGA